CCUCACUCCCACAUUGGUUGCAGCUUGCUGGGGGUCUGGCUCGGAGGGGAUGAGGCGUGUAAUAAGAAUUGGCUGGAGCAGAUUGGGAAAGUAAAACAAAAACGGAGACACAAAUUCUGCAGAUGCUGCAUAUAUCUGGAGCAAUACACAAAAAGUGCUGGAGGAACUCAGCAGGUCAGGCAGCAUCCAUGGAGGGAAAUAAACAGUCGACGUUUCGGGCUGAGACCCAUCUUCAGGGCUGGAAAGGAAGAGGGCAGAAGCUAGGAUAAGAAGGUGGUGGGGGAAGCGGAGGAGCACUUGCAGAUAUGAACUUCGAAUCCAACCCUUCUGACCACCCAAGGGCCAGCACAAUCUUCCUGAGUAAAUCACAGCCAGAUGUGAGGGAGAAGAGGAAGAGUAACCAUAUAAACCACGUAUCUCCUGGUCAACUCAGUAAAAAAUACAGCUCAUGUUCAACGAUAUUUAUUGAUGACAGCACUGUAAGCCAACCCAACCUGAAAAGCACAAUUAAAUGUGUUACCCUUGCAAUUUAUUAUCACACAAAGAACAGAGAUUCAGACAGAUCAAUAGAUAUUUUUGAUGAGAAAAUGCAUCCUUUGACUAAAGAAGAGGUGCCAGUAGAUUAUAAUAAACGUGACCCAGAACACAAGCAUAUAUACCGGUUCGUACGGACUCUCUUCAGUGCUGCCCAAUUGACUGCAGAAUGUGCAAUAGUAACAUUGGUAUAUCUAGAAAGGUUGCUGACGUAUGCCGAGAUAGAUAUUUGCCCCAGUAACUGGAAACGGAUUGUACUGGGUGCCAUCCUGCUUGCUUCCAAGGUAUGGGAUGAUCAGGCAGUCUGGAAUGUGGACUACUGUCAGAUUCUGAAAGACAUGACCGUUGAGGAUAUGAAUGAGAUGGAGAGACAGUUCCUAGAGUUGCUACAGUUUAAUAUUAAUGUUCCUGCUAGUGUUUACGCCAAAUAUUACUUUGAUCUGCGUUCUCUGGCAGAUGACAACAAUAUGAACUUCCCCUUGGAACCACUCAGCAAAGAGCGAGCACAAAAACUGGAGGCAAUCUCCAGAUUGUGUGAGGACAAAUACAAGGACCUGGGCAAAGCUGCUAUAAGGCGAUCACUCAGCGCUGACAAUUUGAUAGGAAUUAGUCGUUCUAAUGCUAUCCUUUCAUAGGUCAGAGACUUUUCCAUCAGCAUAUAAUGUACCAGCAAAGACAGUGUCUUCCAAUUGGGCAACUGAAUCCUCCUGCAACUAAAACCAAGUUGCAGCUCCUGGCCUUAAAGAGCACACUUAGGAGAUUUAAUGUUGGCUGCCUCACUACAAGGCCCUUCUCAGAGAAAAGAGAAAAAAAAUGUUCGGACACUACACUGAUGCAGUGAUGUACGACCUGCAGUGUGGAGAAUUUUAUGCUUACUGUGUAGGCCUGUAACUGAGGAGUACCUCAAGCUUUUUAUUUUGUUCUAAUUUUAGGAAAUAACAUCCAAAACAAAUUGAAAUCAUGUAAAGUGAACUCUACAGGUAGGUUGGGACAACAGUAGCCCCCGGGAGAGUAAACAGAUUUGGAAUAGGGGCAAACUACUGAUUCUGCAUGGUGAAAGAUUAACAAAGGUCUCUAUUAAACAUAGGAUGGACCUAAACAGGGUGUAGCCACAGAUGUAUGCUUUAAAACUCAGAGAUUUUCUUCCUUCCCCACUCUACCCUCCCCAACCCCUAAAUAAUAUUUUUUCUCCAGUUGUUUGGUUGGUAUUUACAUUUUUUCCGAGCACUUUGGGGAAAGUAUGCAAAAUCUUACAUUUUCUUAGCAGCUUUUACAUAGUAAAACUUGCUAAAGCAUUUUCAAGCAACAUUUGACACUGAGCCACAUUGGAGAGGUGACCAGAGGCUUCAAAGGAGAAUUUUAAGGAGAGUCUUAGAGAAGAGAGAGGUGGUGUAGUUAAGGGAGGGCAUUCCCUCACUUAAGAGUCUGGACAGUUGAAAUAUCACACAUUUCUAUCUCGUCCAACCUCCUAUAAUUACUUUUUAAUUAUAAUGCUAUUGGUGUCCAAAAAUAAAACAAUGGGAAUACUACUGGAAAUCUAAAAUAAAAACAAAGAUGCUGAAACCACUCAGCAGGUCAGUCAGCAUCUGUGGAAACAGAAUUAACAGUUCUAGCCAAUGACCUAUUACUCAUGUGUUUGUUGGUUCAGACGGUUUUACCCCAAACACAGGGCUUUUGCUUUGUAACCAGCCUGAAGUAAAACUGAUGCCCUGCAGAACUGGAAUAGAGUUCCCAAAGAAGCAACUGGGUUUGAAGAUGCAGCAUUUUUAAUACUUGCAUUUUUUUCCAAAUUGAUCUAAAUAAAUUCUUUGUGAGAUGUAGCAGGGGAAGAAAAGGUAAAAUUGAAAGCCACUUGUAGUACCCAAGGGUUUCAGCCCAUGUCCAACUCAUUCAGCUGCUGACAAAUUGCAGAGAUUUACACCACAAAAAUAUUCAGCCUUUCUGAUCUAUGCUGGUGUUAAUACUCACACAAAGUUCGCCCAUCCUGCUUACCCUUUCAAUAGAUAAGUCAUUCCCCUCUCCAUCUUGCCUCCCCUUAAACAUAUCUGUGCUAUUCACUUCAAGUAUUUAAUAUAGCAGAGUAUACUAAAUUCUCUCCGUUCCAAGACUGAGACCUGUGGCCUUGGUUUGGAAAAAUGGAAACAUCUCUGCACCAAAUCUUUAGCUGAUAUUAAAGCUGCCCAUCAACUUUUAUUUCUGCUGAGCAAUAUCUUUAUUAUAAUUUACUAAUGAAACAAUGUUUCAGACAGCUAAAUAGACACUUUAAUUGGUACAAUCCCAUCACUUGGAACAAGUGAACUACUAAACUCACUGUAACCUGUCUAUAUUUAAGUCGAGUUUUUAACUCAACAUAUUCUUUCUUCAAAAUGAAAUUAUUUGGUUUUAUUUUCAUUUGUUCCAUUGUACAAUUCACAAUAUUUUGAACUAGUAAAAUUGGAAGCACAUGGCAUAUAUUACUGAUUAAGGCAUGAGGCAAUGGUCUUUUCUUAAAGGAAGAAGGUUUGAUUAUGAACAAGGUCACUGAUGUUCACCGGUGAAUCAUAGAAAUGUGGGGUUAAAAUAUCUCCAAAACCCAUUUAAUAAAACUGAGAAUGUUCAUUCACCAUCAACUAGAGCCCCUGGUAAUAAACUGUUGAAACAUGGCUUGAGCUUUUACUGCUGGUUUCCCAUCACCACACUGCCACCUACUCUUGUUCCAACAAUGCUUAUAUAAAUAGAUGCUAUCCUUUGAGCCCAGAGCUUCAAACAAAGGCUCAAAAAACUGCAGAAGCAGCUAUUGCAAUGAUCCAAACUUCUAAUCAGCCUGUGUCUUUUCUCCUUCAAGCCCAGAGACCAAAUGAAAGUUGAAGUACUUUUUUUUUGUUGUUCUUAACUUAAACAAGAAACCUCUAUUAAAAUAUAUACAGUUCCACAAAGACAUUUUGAUCUUUAGUGUUUUUUAAACUUGAGGAAGAAGCAGUGAGGCAUAUGCGAUAGGGCCAACAUAAAAGAGUUAAACAAGCGUGCAGGACAAAAGUGGCAUUUUCAAUGUGAAAUAUCAAUGCUAUUUCAUUGUAAGGGUAAUUCCAUCAAAUAGCUCUUUAGCAGAGUCCAUAUAUUUCAAGAGAGAGUGAAGUGGACUUGUGCUGCUAAUAUUGAACUAUGACGAGUUUGCCCAGAGACAGUGAGCAGUGAUUUCCCCUAUUUUUGUUCUCCAAAUCCAACUGAGUGUUCCAUUUGUGAAGACAUCAAGAUGAUGAAAGCAGGUGCUGAUUGAUGCAAUCAGAGAAACAAAAGCUGAAUCUCCAGAUACUGAGUAGUUGCAGUACAAUGAUUUGUAAAUACUUCAUCUCCUCUCUGAUCAGAAAUGUUAUCUGUAGAGAUGCCCUUCAACUAAUUAACUCAAUGCCUUCAAGGGCAACAGUUAAAAGAAAUGUGUAUCCACCUGAAAGUGAGGCAAACACACUGAGCCACUCCAUGAACAGUGCAUGAUGUAUGGCUGAAUGGUAGUUAGCUGUAUUGUGUAAAUGACCCAGUAAUGAUGCACUUUGCAGCCACGAAAAAUAACACAACACUAUGUUCCCUGAGUAACUGGGGAAUGGUGUGUUGCAUUGGUUUUGCAGAAUUCAUAGUAAAUAAAUGACAGGUUGCUAUUGUAAAGUAUUAUGCAGUUUCAUCAGCUAGUUGAAACAGGCACAGGACAUUAACCUAAGUAUCAGACCAAUCUUGGCAGUCGACCGUUAUGGAAUGCAGGCUAUAAAUAGUUUUGGUUGAUGCACUGCAGCCAAGGCUGAAGGAAUAUUGGAGAAACAUUCCAGUACAAAGGUGAUCUUUCCCAUAGGGAUGGUAAGGCAUCUCACUUUUGCCUGGACCAGUUCAGUAUAUACAUCCUGAAUAGAAAGGUAUAGCAUACCCUUGAGCUGAAACCUAGUGAUAGAGGCUGCUUUACUAAAACCCACAAGGUGUUACUUGCAUCAGCAUCUUUUUGAUUUUUCAAAGGGAUUGAGGUGACAGAUAACACCAGUUUGGAUUUACAUAGCAAAAUAUCCCAAGGCACUUAACAGUAGAAUUACACAAUAAAAUUUGACAUCAAUCCACGUGGAAAAUUACAGGAGAUGACCAUUAGUCUGGUGAAAGUCGUAGUUUCAAUGGAGCCUCAUUAGGGAGGAGAGCUAAGGGAGGACAUAUCUGCUUGGAUAGCUUCUACCACUGGAAAAGGCGCAAUUUUUGUGUGAAAUUUGUCUUAUGAAAAAUAUUAAGGGAGGGGGAAGAACUUGCAGUGAAAUUUCUGCUAUCUUGAGAUACAUCUUUCUCUCCCCAUCCUCCACCACCUACCAGCACUCCAGAGAUGACUAGUAUUGUAGCUAGUGGUUAAACCAGAGACUGAAAUGUCUGACAGUGAGCAUAUUUAUUGUCUCUGUUCCUUCCAGUAACCUAUAGUAGUGCAAACUGAACCAAUGUCUUACUGAGUAUACAUUGAACAUCCCCCUUUAUUGCAUACUAUUGAUUUAAGCUCAUUUGAUGAGGAUGGCUUGGUUAAGGCUCUUGUGUCUUCAUCUGGGACACCAAUGGACACAGGGAUCAUUAAUCCCUGUGUGUAUUAAUCCUUGUAAAAUAAUAUUUUUCAUAUAAAAAGAGUAAGUGAGCAGAUUUAUUAGCAAACAAAUAAAGCCCGCACAGUAUACCUUUUUACUAAUGUGUAACAAGGCAUAUCUUGCACCCUGUCACUUGUGUGGUUAGAAUCUGUUAUCAGUUGGGGGAGUUUGCUGUUGAUUUUGUGAAAGGCUUGGGAAUUGCCAUUAGGAUAUUGUUAAAAAAAAACAUUCUGUAUAACAUUGAAUGUAUUCAGAAGUAGGAUGGAUUUUAAAAAAUAAGAGGGACCCUGUGAUUUGCAUAAGCCCUGGGUUUCUUAUCACUUGAGGGGUGAUGGUGCUCGAGGUGUGUAUCGUCAGUCUUUGCUGAUUUACUAUUUGCCUUAUUUGCUAUACAACUUACUCAAGUUACCACUGACUUGCAGAAUUUACACUCACCGUCCUCCUUGCAGGCUUAUAGUACGGCAGUGCCUGGUUCUUUUCCAUAAGUAGGGCACCCCCACUUGUGCCCCACCUACCUGCCUGUUUGCCAUAUGCAAUUUCAGCACAGUAAGUAGUUAUUUGUGAGGAUUUUGCAACUCAUCCCACAAUGUAUUUUUUUUACCAAAGUGCAAUGUGGACUCAGCAGAAGCCCAGAUUCACCAUUCCAGCCAGCAGCUCACAAACAGUCAAGAUCCUAAAAGGACUUUCACUAUUAAAAAUGUUGAAAAAUCUUUUAAAACUUAAAUUUAAUACCCUGCUGGGUAUUUGGAGCUGUGUCUUAAUUCCCAGAAUGUUGGCAAUCCCUAAAUGAAAAAAUGGUGCCAUAGACCAAGAAUCUAAUUCAAAAUCUCUGGGUUCUGCUUGUGCUUUUGUGUGACAUCCUUUUAUUUGCAGGAUUAUUGGAGGAGGGUGUGGUGAGGUAAAGGCAGGUGCUUAUUUUUUUUAAAUCCCCUAUAAUCCUCUUUAUGCUAGAAUUUCCAAACAUUGCAAAACCCAAAAUUCUGAAUAGUAUAAAAUGGAGGUGUAGAGUUUUAAUGUCUGCCUAUAGAUGGUAAUAAUUUAGCAAAAUUAGCAUUUACUAUGAGCCGGCUAUGCAAUCCAGAAGAAUUUUAGCCACACAAAAAUGUAGAUGACCUCAGGUAAUUUUUAACUAUUUUGUAAUGCUUGCCCAUGUCACUUUUUCCUUGUAAGACAUUUUGAAACGUGUUUCAUCACUUCAAUCUGGCCAUGGUGUGUUUAUGUAUAUGUGGUACAUAAUGUAUUACCUUGUGGGAUCUGGUUAUAACAACUUUGCUUUAUUACAAUGAGAUGAAAAUUUACAGCACACCUUAUGGCCUUUGUGCAACUGUCAAGGUCCAGUAGAAUCUGUGUAUGGCUUUGACAUCUUGAUCUUUUCUCUCGCUUCUUCCCAAAGAUAUCCUAUGCUACCUUAAUUUUUUUUCUAAUGGAAAGCUUUUGGCAUCUGACACUACUUUUUCUUUCUUCAGCAAAGACAUUUUAAUUCUCCUUAACUAAUUUUUCUGCAGAAUAAACCUUAGAAUAUCUAAGUCUGUGAACAAUCUGCAUUUUAAGUACCAAUGCAUUUUUAUAAACUGCUAGAAUGCUUCCUGGAUUGGGUUUUUGAAGGGUGCUGUGUAACUUUGUGAAAUGAUUUUUAUAUUUUUAUAGUGUCAGCAUUUACCAAAAAAAUGUUUAAGACUUAAUGCUUUCGUAUUGCCUGACUUUUCCUUUCACUCAAACAGUUCUCUCAAAAUAGUAAUCCAUUUUAUUUUCUCACCACCUGGCAGUGGAAAUUCUUUCCAGAAUGCUGUUGGAUCCACUUGUUGAAACCACUGCAAGCCACUGCUGCUCUGCUUCCCAUUUUAAAUAGGUUUUUCACUGGCACAAAAGGGAAUGCAUGCAAAUAGGUGUGAGGGGGAAAAUAAUUAGACUUUGUUUAAGUUUACACAUCCAGUCUACCUCCAGAGAAUCUUUACUGGAACCCUCGCACAGUGUAGCAAUUUCUUUAAAUGGCCAGAUAUCAGCAGUCCUCCAUUUCAUCAAAAUGGGUGGAUUCAUUAUUGGAACACAAAUGAUCGGCCUAUACAUGGAGUCUAUAGGCCCUGCAAUGUCUAACGUCCACUUUUGUAUAUUGUCUCCAAACUAUUAUAAGCAAGUUGUUGAGAUCACUGUGUUAAAGGUGAGGUUGGCGUAUUCAAUAGUCACUUUCUAAGGGAGGAGAAGAACGUUGAAGGGUAUGUAGGGGAAAAAGCCAGGGAGUGAGUGAAAUUGGAUGGAUCUUUUAAAGAGAUGUCACAGUCAUGAUGGGAUGAAUGACCACCUCAGAUCUACCAGCUAAUGUGCAUGUGUAUUCAAAGGUUACCUAGAAUUGUAAAGUGUUUCAAACUACUACUGGCUGGUGUAAGCCAGUAGUUAAAGUGAGCCUUGGAGUAACUCUUAAAAUGUUCCUAUAUUUAAAAAAAUGUUCCUCUAAUAAACCCACUAGAUCCUUUCCAAAUACCUGCAGUGAAGGCAUGACUGAGGUUGUCUGUGCAAGAGAGAAAUUUUAAAGGCUUGGCGUUCCUUUGCAUAACCUAUUGGACAACUGCAGGUAGUGCAACUCUGGCCUUGUCAAUCAUUGGGCACCUUCAGUUAACCACUUGAAUUUUGAUCUCAGACCACCAAAUAGAAAUUGCCUUAAAGGUAAAUCCAUAAACCGAAGUGACCAAUUAAGGAUCAAUUGGAAAAAGUGGUCCUGAGUUUUGUUCUGUUGAUUUGUGGGUUAACAUCCAUUGGUCUUUCCUGAGGUCAUCCUACUGAGCAAUGAAGGGGCCCAAUGCAUUCACCAACUCCAUUGUACCAGCUUACAGACUAGUUGGCGUGUGAACUUGCCCCCAUUUUAUCAAUUUUUAGCCUUUGGAUGGAAAUUGUUAAGGCAAGCAGACUGCCGGCUUACCCACCUGCUCUCCUAAGAACUAAUUUGCUGGUUUUUGAACUUGAACCCAGUGAAGUCAGUUGGUGAUACAAAGUGUUUGAAAUAUUUAGCAGGUCAGACCUUAUUUGCGGAGAAAGAAGCAUUUCCAAAAACCUUUGAUCUUAACAGAGGAGUGCAAAUACUGUUUAUGUGGCCCAAACUGUUGAGUAUUUCUAUAUUUUCCCUCUUCAGUCCACUGGGUGAUCUUUCUUCCUCAAGCAGCAGCAGGUGAGGGAGGGGAAAUAGUCAAGUGGUACUCAAAUUAUAUAAUUACUCUCCCUCAUAUUAAUCCACGUUGCUUUCAAAAUGGCCCAAAUAUUCUAUCAGUAGAUACUCUUUUAAUCCAUCUUUAUUUUAAAUUUUCUUGCAAUUUUGAAUUACAAUUUCCCGCAUGUAUGUUCCUAACCUGUUGGGGCCAUUGACAGCUCAGUUAUUGAUUAACUGCCAUAAUCAGCUGCAAUCUACAUGUUCCAUUGUUGCAUCAAGAUGGUCACUCCCAGCCAUUCUAAAGCUGUUCCUUGUUUCUUUACAUCUUGCGGAGCCAGUCUUUUGAAAAGCUGUGCAGCUCGAGUUGCCAACUCUUGAUAGAUUACUAGAAGUGUUAUGAUCUCUUACCUUAAAUCAGACCGUCUUUUUCCCACCCUCCCUUCUGUAGAUAAUAAAAGCUCUUAAGAGAAAACUUUAAAAAGCUAACUGUGAUCUUUCUCUUGGGAGUUGCUCAUGGCAUAGUGCUUCAGCUUCCAGGAUGUACCUGGAGAUCUGGCAACCCUGCCUGUAGCUGGCAUUUGUGUGUGUGUGUGUGUGUGUGUGUAUGUGUGUGUGUGUGAUGGGUAAUCUGUGGAGGGGGAAGUUUCAGGCAACAGAGAGAAGUGGUGCAGAACACUGCAACUUCAAACAAACUGUUCAGAUGCUGCUACCAAACCUCACUUGGAAACUUGUGAAAUCUUGAUUUAUAUUUCUGCAUUUUAAGUAGAAUUUCUGUACCUAUGUGUGAUUUUUAAACAAACAUAAUAUAUGCAUAUGUGUAUAUAUAAUGGUAGAAUAAUAUAUAUCUGCAAACUACGGUUUGUAACUAAUGCAAACAUAUUUUAUAAAAGAGUUUUAAAUAAGUUUAUAAUUCAACCUUUUGUUUUGUAGCUGAGAGUGGCGUGAUUGUGGAUAUUAUAUAUUUUGUAAUACCCCAGGCUGCCCUACUAAUAAAAUCUACUGUAGUAGUUGGUGAAAAGAGUAUGAUAAAAAACUGUGAACAGUUCAAAUAUUAGCC